CUCCCCCACCAGAAUAGGCUACCAGUAAUAGUCAUCGAGAAAACCAUCUAGUAAAUAGAUAGAUGAUAGUGGUUAUGACGACGACGUCGAUUGUCGAUGAGUGGAUGCUUUAUCAUCAUGCUACGUAUAUUGCAAUAUUUUAAUUGCUUCUGUUAACCUGAUAAUCCUCAGUUGCCGUUCAGCUGGGAUACGAUGCGGAAGGUAAUUUUCCCACAGAAGCAGCAGCAACCAGUUCCAGUUAGUUGAACAACAAGAGGACUACCAGUUUCCUUUGCCAUCUCCAGUACCCGACGGAACAUGAGCAGAAAACGUCGCAAAGUGCAUCAUUGAAAGUCAUAAACGACCCCUUAAAGAGCACAUAAAACAAGCAGUGACACAGCAUGGCUGCGAUUCCAGCAGGUUCGGUGGAGCACGUGCGCGCAAAUGGUGAGAGUGACUACGACAAUCUGCCUAUCAGUGCUAAUAAUGAGUUAAACAAUCGAACUGCAAUUACCGCGAGGCCGGUUCUGGUGACAGCACGUGCUCCGAAAAAUUCAUCAGUAAAAAACAAACCGAAACUGGGCACGGAAUUUGUUGCACCCGAUGGGGGCUGGGGUUGGAUGAUUGUGCUAGCGGCCGGAUGUUCCAAUCUGUGUACAUUUCCAGUUUUGCAACAGUUCGGGAUGUUGUUCCGGGAUCGAAUGAACGAACUGUCGAUCAGUUCGUCGGAGAUAACGACCUUUAUCAACACGAAUGCGGCCUUGAUGUCGAUUGUUGGUCUCAUGAACGGCCCAAUAUUCCGGCGCUUCACUUUCCGGCAGGUUGCCUUCUUCGGCGCUUCUCUGGUAACCCUGGGACUAGUACUGACUACGAUAUCGGAUUCAUUUAUUUCGUAUAUGAUAACUUUCUCGUUCUUAUACGGAUCUGGCAUCGGUAUAACGGCAUCCGCCAAUUCGUUGGCCCUCAAUACCUACUUCAAGAAGAAACGACGCUACGCGACAGGUUUCUCUUGGACAGCCACUGCACUUGGACCCGUCGUGGCACCUCACAUCAUAACCUAUCUGUUACCGCGCUACGGCGUCAACGGAACUGUACUUAUCUUCGCCGGAAUUGCAAUGAAUGCAGUUGUAUGUUCCUUGCUUCUUCAGCCAGUGCACUGGCACGCCAAAAUUCUACCUCCAAAGGAUGUUGAAGAAUUAAAACCCGAAAACACACCACAAUGCGACCUUUGCCAUUCGGCUUUCAAUAUGCCCCAGAAAGAUCACAGUCUUCUUUCCAGUCAGUACCUGUACAAUGCAGACGACGCCAAUGAAACAGGAUACGAGAUCAUCGAUCCGGGUACUCCGAUGCUAGCACGAGCCAACGACGGUUGGUUCUCUCUUUACGGUUCUCGGGUUACUCUGGGACCGAACAGUCGAGUACCAUCAUCUCGGCCAUCCUAUAUUAACUUAGGAUCCGCCGUGGAAUCCGUUAAACGCGAGCCACUACAGGGCACAACUAGCCCCGCAAGAUUUCGACGACAGUCGAAUACUUUUAAUCGCGAAAAAGAAGUACUCAAGCUGGCCUCUAGAAAACUGGAGCAAAUCGUUGAUCACGAAACAGAACGCUGCACUUGCGAUCAAGAACGAGAAGCUAUGCUGAAUAAGAAUAACGUGGUAAAAGAAGAGAUGGAAGAAAAUCCUCGAAAUCUAUCAUUAUUACAGAAGAUUGCAAUUUUCUUCGAUCUGGAUUUACUGAACGAUUCGAUCUACGUCAACAUAAUGAUCGGAAUUACGUUGGCUAACUUUGCCGAGCUGAACUUCUCUGUAUUGACCCCAUUCGUACUAGGAGACUUCGGGCUCACCAAGGAACAGAUAGCAUCUGCGAUGUCCUUGCUCGGUGCGAUGGAUAUCUGCUGCCGAUUUUUCAUUCCAUUUAUCGCCGGAAAGAUCGGCUGGGAAAAUCGAACGUUUUUCCUGUUUGGUAUCCUAAAUAUGGCACUAGGAAGAAUCGUCUUGGCACACAUUCAUACCUACUCGGUAGUUCUGGUAACGGCAUGCUGGAUAGGGUUCAACAAAGGGCUUCGCACAGUAUUCAUGGCGUUAGCCAUUCCUUCGCACGUACCGCUGGAUAGGUUACCGGGUGCCACUGGCAUUCAGUUGCUGUUUUCGGGAGUGUUUUGCCUUGUCGUGGGACCUAUCGUGGGAUAUGUUCGCGAUCAAACAAACUACACCGUCACACUGCACUGCCUCAAUAUUGCUACCUUCGCCACUGCUUUGAGCUGGGGUCUAGAAAUGUUUGUCCUCACACCGAGACGCACUCGGCUGCAAGAAGAAAAUAUGGCAAAACUGCCUACAGUGAUUAGAUAGUAUUAUUAAAUAAAGUAUCUCUUAGCUAUAUUUUUUUU